CCUAAAUUAUGGAGCAGAACUAAAACGACUUAAGUGUCGCAACAACCUCUCCACGAGGCAUCAAUCAAAUCAAAAUAACAAUCUCACACCUCGGAUAGUCAGUGACGAGAAGAGUACACACCGAGAGGUACGGUCGAGAUCAGGAGUACCAUACAAAUACUGUAGCAAGUAAAGCCGAAGCAACGAAAGAAUAAUACCAAGAUGGCGACGACUCUAGUGGCUCGCCCGACARUAUACACCGAAACAGAAACGACUUCGUUCGCGGCGGGAUUGGAUUCGGGGAACGGCGAUCGAUCCCCGCUGUGUCGUCAGUUUUUGGUUCGGUUUCAAUCCAAGACCCACGUGAUAUCCCUCGGCAACAACGAGGAUACCGGGAGCGACGAUGUCCUGGGGGCUCUCACCGAAAGCCGACUCCUCCGGGUCCUGGCCGACCGCACGGGAUGGAGUGUUUUGCACCUGCGCGUCAGCCACUUUGCCUUCCCCUUUGUCCGGGUCACCGCCCGCUCCUCGAUCCUGGGUGGAAAGGGAGGCUUCGGGACCCUUCUGAAGGGGCAGUCCAAGCAAGCCGGCGCCAAGAUGACCACGGAUUUCGGAGCCUGCCGGGAUUUGCAGGGCCGCCGUCUCCGACACGUCAACGACGAGAUCAAGCUUCGCAAGUGGAGGGAACGCAAGCGSCGCGAGGCGGCCGGAGAGAAGGUCGACGCCGACGAGAUGUGGAACACUCCCUCGGGUCUGUACAAUUGGCACCUAAUGACACCCACCUGGGCCGAUAUUUCCAAGAAGGCGACGAACAAGAUCAAGCGACAAUUCAAAAAAAUGGACCAAAAGCUGGAGAAGGAAGUCGCGAUGAGAAAAGAAAAGGACGAGGCCUACCAGAAGACAAUGACGCAUUAUUUGGACCAGACAAAUUCCGUUUCCGAAUCCGUGCAGAAAAACCUAGGGGACGCAAUCAAGCAAGGGUUGGCAAGAAAGGCACGGGCUGUCAAUGGCAAGAGCACGACAAUCAAUGCAGCAGCUGCGUCCUCCAACAAAAGAAAACGCACCGAAACGUCGGCGAUGGGCGGAGUUUCCUCCCACUUUCYGGACGGCGAUGAGCAACCAAAUUCGCUGGUGAGCCUUACGGGAGACGUUGUGGUGGAACCCACUCCCGGCACCGAUUCGGUAAAGAUUCAAUCCAAAUCGGAGUUUAUGACGUCGGUCUAUGUACUGGAAAGAAASGUAGGGGGCGAACAAUCGUCUCUUCCUGGUUCCUACUAUUACGAGGUUACCCUCGUWACCGGUGGAUUGGCACAGAUCGGCUGGGCCUGUAUCGUGAAUGACGGCAGCAAGGGCAGAUCUUCCUCGUUCACACCAAGCAACGACCUAGGAGACGGGGUGGGUGACGAUGCCAGCAGUUUUGCGGUGGACGGAUCGCGGGGGCUCAAGUUUCACGGAGGGGAGGAAUGGAAGUUUCCCAUCGAGUGGAAAGCGGGCGACCGRCUGGGCUGCCGGUUGGUCGUCCAAUGCGGUACCGGUKCGGUGGCCAGUGCGAACGAGACCGGGAGCCUUUCGUUCACACUGAACGGCAAAGACCUGGGGGCGGCGUUCACCGAGAUCGAUUCCGAGGGAAUGGUGCCGGCGUUUUCUUGCAACCAGGGCGAGAUCCUGGAGCUGCACCUCACGAAACGGGACUGCAAGUACUUUCCAACCGAUGACCCAACCGUGGUUGCGGUGAAGGACCUCGCACCGUCCGAGCCCGUCGCGAAGGAARCACCAAAACCGARCGAAACCGAGAAUGCACCUGCAUCGAACGGCAGUGGCGCAGACAAAAAUUCCAAGCCGGCGCCGGGUCCCGYCCCGUCCCCGGCACCACCGAGAGCGCGGGCACCAACCCGGCCCGAGCCCCUGGACCUCGGUCCCUACGGGUCCGCUGGCGAGCUCUCGGAACUGGGCCUGGACCGUCUGAAGKCCGCUCUGAUGGCGCUGGGGGCAAAAUGUGGGGGCACGCUGGAGCAGCGGGCGGAACGGCUCUUCUCGCUGAAGGGACUCGACCCAAAGGACUUUCCGCCAAAGGUCCGGGCCAAGGGAUUCGUGGAACCGUAGCGAGAAGGCAGGGCACCGAUGGCGCUGCCGUGCUUUGCGGUGCAUGCAGAUCGAAAGGGGCGAAGCUUCGAAGCACGGAGGAGUCGCACCAAUUCGUUCUAGGCACCAUCGACCUCGGACCUCGGACGCUGCGCGCAUCGGUAUGUACCUACGUACUGUUGAAUUAGAGUGCAYGAGUCAAUUCGCUAUCAGCCUAGUACAAGUACCGGUACGAGUACUACAAUGAACAAGGUUUGGUGAA